GCUUCCUUUUUGUCCAAAGCUCUCCACGUGCAAGUAGAAAAUUUUUUCUGAACCGUUUGGUUUGCUAAAAACAUGGAUAAGCCAGUAGUUCUUGCUCGUGUUAUCAAAGUUUUGGGAAGAACUGGAUCCCAGGGCCAGUGUACCCAAGUAAAAGUUGAGUUCAUUGGCGAACAAAACCGGCAAAUCAUCCGAAAUGUAAAGGGCCCCGUCAGAGAAGGGGAUAUCCUCACUUUGUUGGAAUCUGAACGUGAAGCAAGAAGAUUGAGAUAGGUUCACAUCUGUACAAGAUGUAUGACUACAACCAAGAAAUGCUGUUGGAUAGUUGAAGUCCAUUCCACCAUUCAUUACAAAUUUCAUAAAUUGUAACAAUGUAAUAUAAAUAUAAUUUUAUUCUAGAAAAAUUGUUGAAAUUUAGUAUGUUUCUCAUUCAUAUAUUGAUGUAAGUUACUCCCUGAAUCUGGAAAAUACAUAUUCAAUACAGGAA